AUGACACCAUUGGAAAUGAGCAAUCAAACAUUUGUCACUGAAUUCAUCUUCUUGGGAUUUUCCAACCACUCCGACCUACAGGGCUUGUUCUUCCUGGUCUUUCUGGUCAUUUACCUGACCACUCUCCUGGGGAACAUGCUCAUAAUCAUGGCCACCAGGGUCAGUCCUGCUCUCCACACUCCAAUGUACUUUUUCCUCAGCAAUUUGAGCUUCUUGGACAUCUGCUACACAUCCACCACCAUCCCAGUACUGCUGGUGAACUUCUUCCGGGAGAAGAAGACCAUUUCCUAUGAGGGCUGCCUUUCCCAGAUCUUCUUCUUUGUGACAAGUGCCGGCACAGAAGGCGUCUUACUGGCUGCCAUGGCUUAUGACCGCUAUGUGGCCAUUUGCCGUCCUCUUCAGUACCCCGUCCUCAUGAGGGUGAAGGUCUGUGUUGGUCUGGUGACUGGGUCCUGGCUGUGUGGGCUGGUGAAUUCGGUCACACACACGGUGCUGGCCACCACACUCACUCUGUGUGGGCCCCACCAGAUCAGCCACUUUCUCUGUGACAUCCCAUUGCUCCUGAAGCUCUCCUGCUCAGACACCUCUGUCAACGAGUCUGUGCUCCACGUGGCCAGUGCCACCAUUGGCCUGAGCCCCUGCCUCUUCACUGCAGGCUCCUACACACUCAUCAUCGCGGCCAUCCUCAGGAUUCCCUCUGCCCAGGGCAGGAGGAAGGCCUUCUCCACCUGUGCGUCCCACCUCACUGUGGUGGUGCUCUUCUAUGGAACAGCCAACUUCAACUAUGACAGGCCCAGAGAAGGCUACUCCCUGGACACGGACAUCCUGGUCUCUGUGCUCUUCUGUGUGGUGACCCCCAUGUUGAACCCCAUCAUUUACAGCCUGAGAAACAAGGAGGUCCAGAGUGGCCUGAGGAAGCUGGCUGGGAGACAGAUUGCAUAG